UGGCCGCCACUUGAAGUAUUUAUAACGAACCGAAUUUCCGUCGUUUGAGUACGAUUUACCCGGACGGACCAUCGAUUUCUGUAGUAUUGUUGUUUUUGUUCGCGAACCAUAUCGUUCCCGUGUGCGAUCAUCAGUUGUGCGUUUUCAAUUAAAUUUUUAGUUUUGUUUAUUAUUUUUUGGUAUCGUCAUAGUCAGCAUCGUAUAGUAUUAUAUACUGUAGUUCCUAGAAAUAGUAUUGUAAUAAAUUUUAUUGUUGUCUGGGAUCGUCUGUUGUCCGAGGACAAAAGCAAGUUGACACGCCAUUACUAUUACAAAUUGAUAAGAAAGAGUAUAAAAAAAUUAACCAUUGAUUUCAUAAAUAAUUAUUCGAUUUUAUCUAUUCGAGAAUCUAUAGUUAUUAUGCAUUUAUACUUCUUUUGUCGUAUGAAAUGUGCAGAUGUUAAUCUUAUUGCACGAGUUUUGCAGAUCAAAGGCUGAAUUGUGUCUGUUAUUUUGAGCUACACUUUAUUCUGUCCAUUUUAUUGCAAUUAUAUACUCGUAGUUAACUUUAUUGUAAUAUUAUCUUAUAAACAAAUUCUCUAAUCUUUAACUGUCAAGUAGUCUCUUGACAUUUGUUGCACCGCAGUGAUCAAAGUGGACGGGGCAAACUUCUGCUGUAUCAUCACACUGGCCAACAAAGUGGAUUACGUUGUGCGUAGAAGACCAAUUGGUGGUAUGAGGCCAGAUCUACAAAAACUUAUCUAUCAUACAUCAUCUGAUCAUUUCUCAGAACUUGAUAUUUACACUGUGCUCUAGUCUGCCACGCUGCUAGUAGUAUAGUGUAGCAUUUGAUAUAAGUGUGUGUAUUUAAAAGUUUUGUAGCCUACAAAAAGUAUAAUGGCACCUACAAGUCUAAUGCGUUCAAUUAAAAAAGAUUGGCAACGUCAAUCACAGUCAGAAUCAGAAGAUGAUGAUAUAGUUGGCAAGAAGGAUUUAAUGCCAUUUGUAUUUUCUCAAAUUGGACAUAAUUUUGUACCUUUGGUUGUAACAAUGGUUGGAUUACCUGCACGUGGGAAGACAGUUCUUGCUUAUAAAAUACAACAAUACCUCAACUGGACCAAUCAUAAAGCUAAAGUUUUUUGUGUGAGUUCAUACAGACGUAAACAUAUUGAAUCGUACAGUAGUCAUGAUUUAUUUCGUAAAGAAAAUAGAGAAGCUGCUGAAAUUCGACAAUUGAGUGUCCAGGAAGCUCAAGAAGAUGCCACUAAAUGGUUACAAGAAGGUGGAGAUGUUGCUAUUCUUGAUGGAACUCAUAUAACUCAAGAACGUCGUAAAACAGUACAUGACCAUUUUGCCAAAAAGAUGGGAUUUAAAGUUUUGUUUAUUGAAUGUGUUUGUGAUGAUGAAAUGUUAAUUGAGAAAAAUGUUAAAGAAGUAUUGCAGUUCAGCAAAGAUUAUCGUAAUAUGUCUAGUGAAAAAGCUCUUGAUGACUUUCACCAUAAAAUUGAACAUUAUAUGGAACAACAUGAGCCUAUGAAACCUAAAACUGAUGGCUAUAGUUAUAUCAAGUAUUUAAAUGCAGGUGAAAUGCUUAGCACUUAUCGUUUGAACUCUCCAUUACAAAGUGAAGUGCUUUCAUUUGUAUCGAGUUUCAAACCUUUUUCAAAAACUUUUUAUUUUUCUAGACAUGGUGAAAGUGAAAACAAUGUAUUGGGUCGUAUUGGUGGAGAUGCUGAUUUGUCUGUUAGAGGACGUACUUAUGCAGUGGCAUUGGCUCGAUAUUUUAAUAAUGAAGAAUGUUUAACUGGAUUGCGAGUAUGGACUAGUGAAUUGAAACGUACUCACCAAACUGUUCAAGGUAUUCAAGCUCCGAUAGAGACUGUAUCAGCUUUAAAUGAGUUAUAUGCUGGUGUUUGUGAAGGAUUAAGUUAUGAAGAGAUGCAAGAUAAAUUCCCUCAAGAAUUUGCAUGGCGUGAUCAAGAUAAAUUACAAUACCGUUACCCUUGGGGAGAAUCAUAUGUAGACAUAAUGAAUAGAUUAAAACCAGUUUUAUUAGAACUUGAAGGCGAUAUGGAUAAUUUGUUAAUAGUAAGCCACCAAGCUGUUUUGAGAUGUGUUCUUGGAUACUUUAUGAAUAAAAAACAUGAAGAAUUACCUUAUAUUAACGUUCCUUUACAUACAAUUAUCAAAUUAACUGUAUCUGGUUAUAAAUGUAAGAUGGAAGUUAUUAAACUUAACAUAGAUUGUGUGGACACGUAUCGAAUGCAACCUAAGAAUUGUUCUGUUAAUCGAACAACUGAUGAUGCUCUACUUACUGUCCCACCACAUUUUGAAAACUUAUCUUUAUGGAAUCGGCAGUCAAUUAUUCAAUUGUAAAUCUAAUUUUAUAGAAUUUCAAUAUGGUAUAUAAUAUAUUGUUCAAUUAGUAUGGAAGCUAUGUAUUACUUUAAUUAAUUUUAAAGCCACAUUAUCACAAUUAAUCAAAAUUUUUGUGGCAUAAAUAUUUUAUUUUAAUCUAUGAAAAUUAUUAUUAACUGUAUUAUAAGUUUCCAUUACUUACUACUGCAAUAAGAACAUUUAAAGUAAUAAUGUUUGACUAUUAACACAAUUGUUUUAGUACUGUUAGACAUAAUUAUUAAGGUACAUUUUGGGAAUAUGCUAUUUAUUUUAUUUAAAUAUAAGAUCAUAAUUAUACUAUUUUUUCUUUUUUUUGUGUGUGUUAGUGUUAAUUAUAUAUGAUAAGUUAAAUAGAAUGAGUACAUUUUAUUAACAAUUAACGAAUCUAUUCUUAACUUGCAUAUAAUUUUUACACUCAUUGUUAUAAUACUAAUAGCUUAUAAUUUGAGUAGUAUUAUAGUAAUUCUUACAAUGUUGAACACAAAUUUAUUUUAUUUAAUGUUUGAUCUAUUAUUUAUUUAAUUUUAAAUAUUUGAUGAUCACACAAACUCAUUUUACUUAAUAUAUCAUCUACAAGUUCUUAUGUGGGGGUAUAAACUAAUAAAGAUGAGUGUUAGGAAAUAAUUCAUUUUUUAUAAUUUUUGACUGAAACUAUUAUAUUCUUCCAUUUUUAUUAAAAAUGAUUAUUUAGACUAUAUAAAUAUUUUUAUACAAAUAAUAGUUUUUCUUUUUAUAUAGAAUGACAAAAUUAAUUGUAAUUUUA